AUGCGUGAGGCCGUGAGACUCGUACAAGAGCUUCAGCGCCUGGGAGUGCGGGCGCCGGAGCACCUGGAGCUGGCUGAGGAGCUUUGUGCCGCUAAGGGCUUGGCCCGGCAUUCGGUGAGGAACUGGACGGCAUCGGAGGAGGAGGGCCUCGCCGGCCAUGUUUCGCGGGACUCGGUGAGGAAGUGGACGGCGGAGGAGAGCCUCGCGGGGGCGCUCGUCCGGGACUCCGUAGGCAAAUGGGCGGCUCCUGAUGACGGGCACGUUGCUGUGGCCAGGGAUUCGGUGAGAAAAUGGACAGAGAGCCCCAAGCCUGCGGGCGCAAUGGGCGGCUCGGAUGCAGCCGGCCCAUGA